AUGUUCCUCUUUUCUGCUAAGACUAAGACCCCCAUCAGCACCUACAAGGACUCCUACAGGGCUCCCACUUCCAUCAAGGAGGUCUAUAAGGAUCCAGCACUAUGGGCCUGGGAACCCAACAAGUUUGUGACCCGGGGCCUGACUCAAACCAUGGAGCGCCACAUGGACCCUGAUGCCCUGCAGAAGAUGAUCAGAUGUGCUGUGCAGGAAUAUAGCUGUAAAAACUCUAUACCAGGUCACCCUUACUUCCCUGAAAAGUAUUGGCUUUCUCAAGAAGAAGCAGAGAGAUGCUGCCCAAACUAUCUGUAUGGCAAUCAAUGUGUCACGUGGAGGACAGGACCUUGCAACAGCAUCUGCUGGAACAAGUACACCACCUGCCUGCCACCACUGUCCAAGGAGACCGGGAUGGAGAUGGUAGUUCGACAGCCCUUGGAGUGCCCUCCUAAACCAGAGCGCCUCAAUGCCUACGAGCGCGAGGUCGUGGCGAACAUGCUGAAUUCACUGUCCCGGAGGCAGCCACUGCCACAGAUCACCCCCCGAUGUGCGUGCAUGGACCCGCUGCCGGGCCGCCUGCCCUGCCAGGGUUACGAAAGCCCUUGCUCGGGUCGCCACUACUGUCUGCGAGGGAUGAACUACUGCGUCGCAGGACCAACCUGCCUUCAACGCCGCCUGAGGCCUGUGUGCUGCACUCAGCCGACUGUAAGAGCUGUAUUUUCCCACCAUUACCGUCCCGGACUCCAAUGUGCUGUUACAGCUGCCCCACCGCCAUACUACCCUUAUCCCAACCUUAGAUGGGACACAAGUCACUUCAAGAGGACCGGUGGUGCCUUGAAAAACAACUACAUUAUCCACCCAGAGUUUGUGUCUGAGUCCUAUCCUGAAUAUGGCUGCUGGUAG